AUGACAAAAGAAGAUCCGAAUUGUGUUACAUUUCUCAAAUUCCUGAAUGUUAUUGUUCGAUUUGCUACUGGAUCGGUUCGUGAUAAACUUGAAGUGCUGUUCAAUAUGUGUGAUCGAGAAGGACAAGGAAGAGUGCGCAAGAAGGAAUUUUGUGAUUUUGUCAAAUCAUUAAAUGUAGCAGUUGGAGUGAAAAUUGAGGAAGCGUUACAAGAUGGAAUAAUUGAUCGAGUGUUGCAACGAUCUGGAAUCAGUGCGGAUUCUAAAUUUUUAUCUCACAAAGAUUUCGAAGCUAUUUUUAAUAACGUAGAUGACAUACGACAUCCGAUUGGAGUACAUAUGCGUGGUGCAAAGUUAAAAAUUAAUCUCGAUGAGACAGAAAGUAUGAAUAGUUUUGCAAUACAAAAUGAAGAGAUUGGAUGGGUUCAUAUCAACUGGUACUUCUCGAUUAUAUCAUAUUUGGAAACUUAUCGUCAGCAUAUUGUUAUCAUUUUCUUAUUCACUGCAAUUAAUUUAUUAUUAUUUUUUGAACGUUUUUGGCAUUAUCGAUAUGAAACGGAACAUCGUGACUUACGACGUGUUAUGGGUAUGGGUAUAGCAAUUACACGUGGUGCUGCUGCGUCGUUAUCAUUUUGUAUGGGACUGAUUUUGAUUACAGUUUGUCAAAAUAUUAUUACAUUAUUACGUGAAACGUUAAUUCGUGAGUAUGUACCGCUUGAUUCAGCGAUAGCAUUUCAUAAAAUUGUCGCAGUAGUAGCUGGCUUCUGGGCUACGGUACAUAUCGUUGGACAUUGUGUUAAUUUCUAUCACGUUGCAACACAAAGUCAAGAUGGCUUACAAUGCCUCUUUCAAGAAGCUGUUUUUGGUUCAAAUUUCUUACCCUCAAUCAGUUAUUGGUUUUAUGGUACCAUAACUGGAAUAACCGGAAUUCUAUUGGUAGCUCUUAUGAGUAUCACUUAUGUAUUUUCAACACCAGCUGUCAUGAAGGAAGCAUAUCAUGCUUUUAAAAUCACUCAUCUUCUCAAUAUUCUAAUUUAUGCACUCACUGUACUCCAUGGGCUUCCAAAACUUUUGGAUAGUCCCAAAUUUUUAUAUUAUGUAGGUGGUCCAAUUAUUCUAUUUGUAAUUGAUCGCAUCAUUGGUAUGCGACAACAGUACAAAAGGUUGCAAAUUCUGAAUGGUGCAAUACUUCCGUCAGAUAUAAUCUACAUUCAAUUCAAAAGACCAAAUUCAUUCCGAUUUCGUUCUGGUCAAUGGGUGCGUGUCUCAUGUCCAGCAUUUUCAUGUACCUUUAAUGAACUUCAUGCAUUUUCCUUAGCCUCUGCACCGCAAGCAUCAACGCUUGAAUUGUACAUCAAAGCGAUUGGUCCAUGGACUUGGAAUUUACGAAAUCAGAUCGCAUGCGCACAUUCCAACGGAACGCCCUAUCCGGUACUUCAUUUGCAUGGGCCAUAUGGUGAUGGCAAUCAGGAUUGGCGUAAUUUUGAAAUUGCUGUGCUAAUAGGUGGCGGUAUUGGUGUAACUCCGUAUGCUUCAAUACUGACUGAUCUUGUUUACUUCAUUUGGGUAUGCUCAACACAUAAGAAUUAUGAAUGGUUCAUUGAAGUUUUACGUAGUGUGGAAGAAUCGGACAAAGAAGAUUUGUUGGAAAUACAUAUUUUUGUCACACAAUUCUUUCAUAAGUUUGACCUUCGAACUACCAUGCUUUACAUUUGUGAGAAGCAUUUUCGAAGUGAUAGCAAUGGCCGAAGUAUGUUUACAGGCCUUAAUGCUGUAAAUCAUUUCGGUCGUCCAAAUUUUGAAGCACUCUUCAAAUUCAUACAAAAUAAGCACAGAAAUAUUCAAGAAGUUGGCGUAUUCAGUUGUGGACCGAAUUCAAUCAAUAAAGAAAUUGGAAAAGCAUGCAGAGAAACUAAUAGGAUUCGAAGUGGAGCAUUAUUUUGUCACCGAUUUGAAACAUUUUAA